GGAGCCGCGCACCGGUGCCCCAGGAGGGCAGCGCCCGGCAGCGGCCAGAUCCCACCAGCCAGCCCUGCCCUGCCCCGCCCGGCCGCCGCACCCGCGAGCCGGGCUCUGCCCGGCUCUCUGCACACGGAGGAGGCCCGCCCUCCGCGCCCGGACGCGCAGAGGGUGUGCGUGGAGCCAGGGGUGUGGCGGAGAGUCCCAGGACCAACAGCGCAGAGUCUGCAACUGCCAGAGGGAAGGAAACACAUUUCUCCUUCACGUCAGGGAACAACGAGGAGGCCUUUUCUUUUCUGGCCAUGUCUUCUGUAGGAACUGCUGAGCCAGAUGGAGACCAGAGGGACCGGCAUGUCAGCAAGCUCAUUUUCUUCCUCUUUGUGUUCGGUGCAGCUCUGUUGUGUGUUGGGGUCCUGCUCUCCAUCUUUGGGUACCAGGCAUGCCAAUAUAAGUCUCUCUCACACUGCAGCAUGGUGCUGAAGAUUGCUGGGCCUUCGUGUGCAGUGGUGGGUCUGGGGGUUGUGAUUCUGGCCCGGUCCCGGGCACGCCUGCAUCUGCGGGAGCGACAGCGGCAAGGCCUUCAGGACCCUGACCAAUCCUUCUUCUGUGGAGAGAGCCGCCAGUUUGCCCAGUGUCUCAUCUUUGGGUUCUUGUUUCUGACCAGUGGCAUGCUCAUCAGCAUACUGGGCAUUUGGGUGCCAGGAUGUGACUCAGACUGGGCACAGGAACCACUGAAUGAGACAAACACUGGAGAAGGAGAACCCCAGAUCUGUGGCUUCCUUUCUCUUCAGAUCAUGGGGCCCUUGGUUGUGCUUGUGGGACUGUGUUUCUUUGUGGUGGCCCAUGUUAAGAAGAAAAACAACUUGAGUUCAAGCCGAGAUACCUCUGAGAGCGAAGGUGGACAUGCCCACAGCACGGAACCUGUCCACAUCACUGUAGGUGACUCAGUGAUAAUCUUCCCGCCCCCUCCACCGCCUUACUUUCCCGAGUCUUCAGCAGUGGCUCCACCUCCCGGGGCUAACAGCCAGCACCAGAUUGAAAACCCACCUUCCUAUUCCAGUCUUUUUAACUACGGGACCCCAACUUCUGAGAACCAGGGAGCAGCCUCUGAGAGAGAACGGGAGCUCAUAUACACCAUCUCUGGGCAGGGUUCAUCCUCAGAGAGAUCACACACUGGACAUCUUCCAUUGGACCUGCCCCCUAGAUAUGAAGAAAAAGAAACUGCCCCAGCCACACCCUUGGGUGCCCCUUCUGAGCCGUCCCCGCCGUGAGCUAUGGACUCUAGCACAGUUUUAUAUAUAUAUCAAGGAUUGCUAUUUUAUUUAAUUUGUUUUUUAAUAAAACAUACAAUACCA